AUGUCAUCGUCCUCAGAGACGGCAUCUCUGUCCAAGCCGGCAGCCACAGGCAAACAGUGCCAUACCUGUCGCAAGAGAAGGGUCCGCUGUGACUCAGCUGAGCCAGCAUGCCAAAAGUGCCGUGACAAGGGGAUCGAGUGUCUGGGAUACGGCAAGCAGAAGCCGUUGGUCUGGCUGGAGGGCGGCGGAAACCAGAAUCAGUAUCUCAAGGAGGCCUCGUUGCCCGUUAGGGAGCGCAAGAGCAGGAAGAAGGGCAGGCCCAGGCUGAUAGUGGCGAGUGACGAUACUUCUGCUUCGUCUACGGCAUCUACUACUGCAUCUACUACUAGAUCUACCGCUUCUAACGUCUCCGCCUCGGCUUCUACUGCAUCAACGUCUCCGUCUCCCCGGCAGGUCACUCCGGAAGAAGAUGACAGGGUGGUCAAGCUCGACCAGGCUGCCGGUCAUAUACCGGAGACCAUGAUGUUCUCCUAUCCAGCAGAGAUCCAGAAGGUCGUCAGAACCAUAUGGUACUAUGAACAUGAACUGGCCCCUGACCUGGACCCCAUCAACCAUCUCUCCUUUGUCGAGGCAGAGGAUCCCACGGCCUGGCAGGAUGAUCUGGCUUCUAUCCUCUGGCACAUCCUCAUCUGUGCUGUGGACACACACAAAGCCAUACGCACCCAGCCGGACGACCAGGUUGAGAUUAGCAGAUCGGUCUACAGGUCCAAGUCGCAGACCUUUAUGAGACUGAAUAAGAACCUGGCCGAUCCAAAGACCCGGAUCAGCGAUGUCACCCUCGUCGGCGUCUUGACGCUGUUUCUAGCAGAGACACAACUGUCGGCCGUGGGCUCGUGGAAGACGCACUUCGAAGGCGCCUGCCACAUCAUCCGCCUUCGCGGCGGUGUCAAAACGAUUGCUCGUCAUACAUCCCUGCCCAUCCUCGACACGAGGAGACAACUCGAAUACGUCGAGAUCAUCUCUGACGUCUAUCAAAACGGGUCCGGAACAUGCAUUCCGUGUCCCAACGAGCUAUUCGACGCCAUCAUCCAGAUCAACCAUCUCCGAGCCUUGUCGGAAAACGCCAUCGUAGAAGUCGGCCAGGAAGACGGCUCAACGGCCAGCUUCAAAGCAGCUGUCCAUGCCGUCUUGGAGAAGAUCCUUUCCUUCCCCAUCGCCUCUUGGGCAGACCAGAUGGAUGACCGGUGCAGCCAGCAGCCCGCCUCCUUCACGAGAUCGGACCCCAAGAAGGCCUAUCUCCGCCCUACCCGUGACGACUGGGUUCACAUAGCUAGCGUCUACCAUGCUGCUACUGCAAUAUACUGCAUCCGGAGCCUGGCACUGGAUCUAGACGAGUUACUGCAUGUCUCGUUCAUGGUCGAUCAGCCUAUACCCCCCUCCUAUGUGUCCACGUCCGACGUCCUGCUCGUAGCCAAGAAGAUCCUCUUCGAUAGACUGCGGGAAAUCCUCGUGACGGUCACCGAUCCCCGCAAGUCGUUUAUCAAAGUGCUGGUUUGGCCGAUGUUUGUCGCCGGUGUUGAGGCUGCGGUGGACCCGGAGGCUGGGGAGAUCAGGACGCUUCUUGAGUCAGUCUUGCGGCGUCUGUGCCGGUCACUGGGGACGCUGAGUAUCUGUGGCUUGCGCAAUUUCCUGAUGGCGUUGUGGGAUCAUGUAGGCCAGAUAGAUGGUUACGAGCAGCAUCUGUGGCCGUGGAGCGAGUUGCUUAUGCUCUCUCCCGGUCGAAGCAUCUUCUUCAUGUAA